AUGUUGCCUGAGGCUGAGCCAAUCAGUGGCCUCGAUACUGAACAGCACUCUGGUUCUCCAUACUACGAUAACGUGAGACCUCUGUGCUACAGCGACUCUGAUGCGGUGUUGCUGUGUUUUGACAUCAGCCGGCCAGACACUGUGGACAGUAGUCUGAAAAAGUGGAAAGCUGAGAUUUUGGACUUCUGCCCAAGCACACGCAUUCUCCUCAUUGGCUGCAAGAUCGACCUGAGGACUGAUGUCUGCACGCUGAUGGAACUGUCCUAUCAGAAGCAGACCCCCGCCACCUACGAGCAGGGUUCUGCUUUGGCCAAGCAGCUGGGUGCAGAGGCCUACCUGGAGUGCUCGGCUUUCACCUCCGAGAAGAGCAUCCACAGCGUGUUCCGCACCGCCGCCAUGGCGUGCAUCAACAAGCUGCAGCCCCUCGCCAAGCCCAGCCCCUCCCGCCGCCUCUCCAAAAGACUCCUUCACCUGCCCAGCAGGUCGGAUUUGCUCACGUCUUCGUUCAAGAAGGAGAAGACCAAGAGUUGCUCGGUCAUGUGAGUCGCAAAGAACUGGCUGGUAAAAGUCUUCACUCGAGCCCCCUGCCUCGUUGGUCUCGGGGAAGGGGGGUGGGCACGAUGGUUUUAUCAGGGCCGCCUGCUGAUUCCUUCCCCCGCCCCCCUCAGAAGAGGUGGACCCACCCUCCCGAACCUUUUAGUACACACCUUUUCCCCCUUUAACAAAGAAUAACACAGCGCUGUUACGUCUCUCUACUAUCUCGACCGACAAUGUUGUGCCGUAAACGCCGCUCUUGUGGAUCAUUUCAAAGUACAAAAACAAAACUAGCAUGAAGCCUUCAGAGGCCAUCUCUCAUCUCACAUCAUAGUCAGGUGUGAAAGUUUUCGCCGCCGGCCCAAAAUUGGACGCGUGAAAGCAACGUUGUGGAGGAGGCACGCUUAGGCGCUCGCGUCGUAGCCGUGAGAACGGCCCACUUGGCAGCAGGCCGUCUGGUCAAGCGGGCGUUAGGUUGCUGCACACGUGCGUGGGGGCUGGAGGCACCAGGUGUACUAAAUAAAAGGUCAAAGGUCGCACCGGGGAGGAGGCAGAUGCAUUGUUAUAAUAAGCCUAGGACAGGAACACAUGAUGUUAGCUGGUCAUUGAGGCCUGUUGUAGUGCUGGAAGGCAUUUUGACUGUCUAAGCAUAGAAGAUCUGCUCCGAAUUGUAGCAUCGCAUUACUGAACGCUUUUACGACACUUCUCAGAGGAGUUGAAUAAAACGCCUCGCAUACCACUUUCCUAAACAAUUAGUUUGAUUCAAUGUAGCGCUGCCAAGCUCACUUCCAAGACGCUCCAAUAAUUCUAAUGACCUCCUAUAAACAGCUGCACACGUUCUUAAAUCUCCAGCUUUAUGGUUAUGCGUGUGUGUGUGUGUGUGUGUGUUUGUGUGUGUGUGUGUGCAGCAUUGACCAUUAAGCAAUAAUGAUUGAGCGCUUGAGAAUAAAAUGUAACCUGCGUGGCAAUAACGUAGAACUUUGUGCUAUUAAGGUUUGAAACCUUUUAUUUCUGCCAAAAUAAAAAGUGAAAAAGCUCCCUCCUUCCUCCCCUCAAUAAGUAAUCAUCAACAUGUGUAGUAACACAAUGAUAAUUCUGUGCUAAUGAUGUGAACAAGAUGGCCGAAGAUGCUAGACAAUUUGACUUAAUCUUAAAUUUUUGAAAUGCCAUCGAAGGAGAUGACAGCAUGACAUUAAGAAUUCAUUUGCUGUUAAAAUAGAUAAGCACAGAAUUGGACAAAACUAUUUUGUUAACCAUUUGUUUUUGCAUUUUUUUAUAGAGUAAGAAGCCCAAUUGGAAUAUAAGGCACAAUUAGUAUAAAUAUUGUGAAUUUAUACCAUAAUAGUAAUGAAGGUAUUACAUAUUAAUCUUAUUUAU